AUGUCACCCGGAGGAUCGCAGCUUCCGCCGCUUUCGCUUUCGUUCAUUGGCAUUGAGCCACUCGAUGAAUUCAUACUUCAUGUUGCGGAUUGGGUGCACGAGCUGAUCAGGUCAAAGCCGUCGGAUAUGAAUGGUGCGGUCGAGGUGGAGGCGAAGAUUGGGUUGUUGAAGGACAAGGCUUCUGGGAGGAGAUUGAAGUUGCCCGUGCAGGUCGAGACGGUAAUAGUUUCUGAUCUACUCGACUACCGAUUCGAAUCCAAUAUGUCUGCUAAACAACAUAUGCACUUCAAUACUCUUCUCAACAAACUCAAAACAGACUCUACUCUACCGGGCCAUAAAUCCACACCACUCUCCUACAACCAUCUUCAUCUCACCGACACCUUUUAUCCAUCCGAAAACCCAGGCGACAGAGAGAAGAUACGCGUCACGCGGGACCAAAAGACGGGGCAGGUGCUGGAAUGUAUGAAGAAAGUGAGACUGGGAAAUAUGGACAUCUACAGCCCACAGCGUGCGGCGGACUGGCGCAUUAGUGUCAAUAUUGAGAUACCAGUAUCACAUCCACUGGGCUCUGCUACGCACACGCGAAAGAAGGAUCGCUUGAGUUACUCACAUGAAGAGUUCAGCAUCGACCUCACGCAAGUCACAUCGUCUGCCGGGCCACAUUCCCCUCCCGAACUACUCCACGAGCUAGAACUGGAAUUCGCUCACCCGGCCGUUCUCCUCUCAGCCGCUGCAAGUCGCGGCGACGAGUCCUUACCCGAACCCGAACGCUACGCCUUCGACGAACUCAUGCGCGCUUUCGUGAACAACGCUCGAAUACUGGUCCGGAAUGCUAAUCAUAGUUUCGUUCAGUCAUGA